AUGUUCAAUCCUACCCCCCUCUGGGUUUGGCGCUACGACCACAACGAAUUUCUCAUCGAGUACUUGCUCCGGAAUCUCGAAGGUGGAAAAUCAAGACCAAUCCAACCAUUCCCUUCCAAAGAUCACGUCAGUCUCCAUAAAAUGGACUUCGUCACAGGCGCAAUCGACUUUGUCACAGGCGCAACCUCAUCUUCUAUGGUCCAAUACUUCAAACCAAAUCGAAGAACGGAAUUCCAAAUCAGAAACACCUCACUGGACCCCAAAAACCCAAAAGAUGACAUGUAUCUAUCUAUGCUGGAGAAGAAGAACAGCCCAAGUUUCGACAGUCAAAGGCUUCAUCAACAACUACGAAAGUCCUUCUCAAAGUACAUCACCCAUUCGCCCAACGGCCGCACGGCAGUUGAUGGCUGGCAGUUCAUCAAUCCCCAAGAAGGAGGUGAUCUGUACAACAGCAAUGACAAACAUGGUUUCAUCAUCGAUCAAGGUGCCGCGAGUGUCAGUGCUAGCGCAUCUCAUCAAAUUGUGAUAAUGAACAGCGAAGAAUGCCACAACAUCAAUACACCAUCUACAGGAGAGAUCAUCGUACUCCUCCGAUGGAUGCUGGCAGCUGUCAAGCCCCAGAAAAACAAGUCUAAACUGGAUUCUCGCAAAUACGCAGAAAACUGCCUUUUCCAACAUGACAUCCCGGCAAUUUCCUUCGAUGACACCCAAUACGAAGAAAAUAUGGAUAGCCUCCUUCAAUGGGCCUGGCCCAUAGUCUGCCAGGAUACUUCUAAGCCAAUUCCCAUGCAGACAAUCGAAGAGAGCGAUGAGACAGACCAGUCCGAUGAAUCUUGA